UGGGCAAAGUCUAAUUUUGUUGUAGUCCCGCGGCAGAUGAUGGGAAAUGAAUGAAGCAAGCUAGCAAUUAGCUAGCGACAACAACAUCACAGCAUAUUAACUGGUAAUAUGCUGCAACAAGAAACCACUGAAUAAUAAAUUCAUUUGGGCUGCGUAGAGGACCCACCUACUGGCUUCCGCAUGCUUGGCACAUCAGCUAAGCAGGACAGCCAAUUGUUCCUGGGUGGAUGUGCUAAUAACAAACGUUAGCAUGCAUGUGAAGGAGUCACUUGGAGUCUAUGCAAGAUUGAAACUGUCUGAAUCAACGAAAAAAACACCAUCUCGACAGGGCUGAGGCAACAGUGCCACCAUGUACCCGAGCCCUAACAACCCAAAGAAACCCAGCUGCAUCAGCAGCAGCAUCACUGAGCUGCUGGGUGCCCUGUGUGACUCCAGCCUGUCUGGGGUGUCAUGGAAACGCCGUGCCCUGGGAGGAGUCUCAAGAGAAGCUUUCCGCAGAGCUCUCAAGAAGCGAGCCUACGGCGCCCUGCUGUCCAAGCUAUUUCAAGAUGGCACCAAAGGGUCUGCCUCAGGGCCGAGUGCCACAGCUAAUACACCACCCAGAAACAAAGUCCUGAUGAUAUGUUUUGACUUGCGUGUGGCAGGGUGCCGAGAGGAAGCAGAGAGGUUGGAGGAGCAGCUGGGGAGGCUGCCGGAGGGAGCAUCCUCUGGCCUGAAGGAAGUAGAAGCAGUCCUUGAGCUUUUGGUACAUCUAGCUGGUUCAGCACCUCCACCCCCUACCUCUUUCAGCAGGGACUACAUGAGACGAGAGAGGCCCGUGCUGCGGAGGCCUCGACCCUGGGGCUACCAGAGUGAGGAGCUGCAGAGGCUAGAGGCUCGGGCAUGGGGUCUAGUGUGUGGGGAGGAGUGGGGGACUUUGGAGAGUUUGUGCGGAACUCAGAGGUUGAUGGAUGCCCCUCCAGGCACAGGACUGCUGGCUCUGAGGACUAAAUUGGAAGCGGAAGAAAGAUUUGAGAGGGAAACCAGGCUGACGCUGUUUGGAGCACUGCAACACACUCGUACCUCAGACAUAGACAUAAGGCUGGACCUGCCUCCUGUUCCCAGUAAUAUUGAUGUAACUGGGCUGACUAUAAGGGUCCCUUCCUAUUUAGAUCAGUCUGAGGAUGAGGGCUUCCAGUCAGCUUCCAACCUGACCCCAGACUCUCAGUCAGAGCCCAGCCCCAUUCCAGACAUUGAUAUAUGGGAGGCUGCCCGCACAUUUGAGCCUGGAAGACGCCGCUGCUGGGAGUCUGUUGGCUGCCCACCUGGAAAAAAGGAGUCUCUCUAUCUAACAGAGGGAGGCAGGGAGGCCUUUGACCAACUCUAUCGUCUAUGGGAGGGGGAGAUGAGGGUGGUCAGCACUAGUACCCCCUCUCCUCUCCUCCCGCUGCCCCUGGACUCUCAGACACAACUCGUGUCUGACCUUCUUAAUGUCUUGAUCGGAGUGGCGUCCACGACCUUCCCUCUCAACCAGAGUGUUCAGUUUGAUGUCAGACCUGGUGUGUGCGUGUCAGGAGCCUCUCCAGAGAGUGUGUCUCGUCUCUUGGGGGAGCUGGCCCAGUACGGCACCUACUAUUUGAGGCUUAGCCGGUUUUCUCUGCAGAGUGCUGACAAAAAAGGCCUAGUCUUUCAGGCUUUUACAGGUGGUCUGCGGAAGUAUUUGCAUUACUACAGGGCUUGUGUUCUUAGCACUCCAACCAUCCUCAGCCUGUUGACUAUUGGCUUCCUCUUCCGCAAAGUGGGCCGCCAACUAAGGUACCUGUCAGAACUGUGCUGUGUAGAUGGGCCUUUGGGUGCAGGCCAGGCUACCUUCCCUGUGGGUGUUAAACUGCUGUCCUACCUGUACAAUGAAGCACAGAAUAACUGCAGCAAUGAGAACUAUCCGGUCCUGCUGUCGCUGCUGAAGAGCAGCUGUGAACCUUAUACACGGUUUGUGUCUGACUGGGUGUAUAGCGGCGUGUUUCGAGAUGUUUAUGGAGAAUUCAUGAUCCAGGUCAAUGAGGACUAUCUCAGCUUCAGAGACAAACACUUCUGGGUCCAAGGCUACACUCUGAUCUCAAAGGAUGUGGAGGAUUGUGUGCCCAUCUUCCUGAGACACAUUGGCAAUGACGUGUACGUCUGUGGAAAGACUAUCAACCUCCUCAAGAUCUGCUGCCCACAGCACUACAUCUGCUGGUCAGAGCUGCCAGUGCCUCGCAUUGCUGUCACCUUCUCCAUCCAGGAGGUGGAGGAGAUUGAGAGGGAUUGUGCUGUGUACCGUGGACGCAUGGAGAGGGUUGCUAAGCACAGCGCCAUCAGCAGGGAGGAGCAAGCCCAGCGAGCAGAGCAGGCACGCCAGGAGCUGAUCAAUCAGGUCAGAGAGUCAGCAGCCAAAACCCUGGAGAGCAUCCGCGGGCGGCAGGUGUCACAACGUCUGGCUGAGGAGGCCAAGAAGAGGGAGCGUUUUGAGGAGCUGAAACAGCACCUGGAGCAGGAGCAAGAGUGGCGAAGUGCAGCCAAGAAGAAGCAGGAGGAGGAUGACUUCAGCUUUGCCAGAGAGCUGAGGGACAGAGAGAAGAGACUACAAGCCCUGGAGGAGCAACUGGAGCAGAGAGCCAGGAAGGAGCUGAUUGCUCAGUAUAGCCAUCUGUCAGAGGAAGCAGCUCGCAGAGAGAGGCGGGCCCUGUGGCGGGUACAGCGAAUGAGACUUGACGAAGCCCGUGCUCAGUUCUUCAUGCAUGACAGGCUGCAGACUCAGACAAUUCUAGAGAAAUAUCCUUUAGGCCAGGAGAGACCUCCCAUGGAAGUAUUGCCUUCUGUUCCCUCAGCAAAGCAGACUGCACCACAACCAACACUGGAUUCGUCUCAACAGCAGCCAGAGAAGACUCAAGAAUCUGAUGCUGUAUCACCACCACCUGACGUAUCUUCCCAACCCACCCUCACCCUCCUUACAGUAGACCCUGCCCUCCUCUCUGAGGACAUUGACAUCAAUGAUUUUCUCCAUAAGUCACCAAAACCUGACAGUCAGCAGGUGGACAUGGCCCUGCAAGAGAUCGGCUCUGACCUACCUGAAGUGUGUCCUACAGCACAACUAGUAGACUAUGAUUUCAGUGCCCCCUUUAGUCCACUUGAGGGUAUCACUGGCCAAGCCUCAGCCCAGUCCUGGCCUCGCUGGGGACCUGCAGUCCAGCCUGACUUGAUCCAAAACCACCCCUCUUUUUCUCACAUCCCCAUAGGAGAGAACAUGUCUCAAGUCCAGGAGACUAUCCCCAAAGCCAGCCCCUUUGGCCAAGCCUCCAAAUCUAGCAUUCCUCUAGGCCAAUACACCCUAGAGGAGCCCCAAAAUACAUCUAAAGCAAGCGUUUAUGGACAUCCCUCUCAUGCCUCAGUGCAUCUAGUAGAUGGGAGUGGCUCAAUGACAGACAACAAGCAGGCGGAAACUGCAUCUGUGAUGGAAGAGAAGACUGAAAUGAGGAAUUUGGAAAGUAAAGUAGAAGCAAAUGAAGAUAAGGUUAAAUCUGUUGAGGCUACAAAAGAAGAUGAUGUGGUUGAUACUGCCCAUUCUCAUCACAAAGUAGUGACAAGUCUUUCUGACUGCGGUGGGAUUGAAACACCUGAUGCAAGCACUCAAGACCACAGCUCAGAUGCUCAAGAUAAAGUUGGUGAAAAUAGUUCUUUGCCAAACAUUCAUGUCUCCAGUGCACACCUAAAAGUUGGAGAGCUGGUUUCAGAUGCUGUUGCCCCUCAGCCUUCACCUAGCAUCCCUGGACGUUCCUCUGAUGCUCGCAUAAAGGUGGGACAGUUUGUAUCAGAGGUAACUGCUCCUCUUCCAUCCCCUAACGUCCAUGGUCAUGCCACAGAUUCACACAUCAAGAUUGGAGAACAUAUUUCGGAAGUUGAUGCUCCUCUACAUUCCUCCAGUGUUCACGGUCACUCUACUGAUGCUCACAUUAAAGUUGGAGAAAACGUUUCAGAGUUUGUCGCUCCUUUUCCUACUCAAAAUAUCCACGGUCAUGUCUCAGAUGCCCACAUCAAAGUUGGUGAGCAUGUUUCAGAUGUAGUUGUGCCUCUGCCCUCCCCCAAUGUUCAUGGUCACAGUUCAGAUGCCCACAUUAAAGUUGGAGAAAAUGUCUCGGAUGUUGUUUCACCACUUCCUGCUCCCAGCAUACAUGGGCACUCCUCUGAUGCUAAUAUAAAAGUGGGUGAAUUUGUGUCCAACAUACCUGAAGCAAGACUUCGUUGGAGUAAACAUGGGCAUGCCUCAGACUGCACCCUUCAACCAGGCUGUGCGGUAUCUGGAACUGAACCCGCCUUGUCUGCUCUACCUGGAAGCUCUUAUGGUCACUCCUCAGACUCAGCGUUGGGUACUGGAUGUGUAGUUUCAGGAAAUGAACCCAAACGUUCUCCUCUACCCAGCAGUGCCCAUGGUCAUUCUUCAGACUCAAAUUUAGGCAUCGGAUGUGUUGUGUCCAAAACAGAACCACUUCCAUCACCACUACCAGGCAGCGACUACGGCCACUCCUCUGAUUCGACGCUGGGGGUGGGUUGUGUGGUGUUGGGGACGGAGUUGCAACCCUCUGGACUACCAGGCAGCACUUACGGCCACUCAUCAGAUUCAACGCUGGGGGUGGGUUGUGUGGUGUUGGGAAUGGAGCCACAACCCUCUGGACUACCAGGCAGCACUUACGGCCACUCAUCAGAUUCGUCACUUGCAGUUGGAUGCGUGGUGAAGGGCAAAGACAGUGGACAUCAGCAGAAGACAGAGGACAAUGAUGAUGGUAAAGGUUAUAAAUCGGACCGCCCUGGUGAGCAGCUGGUUGAGAGCAUGGGGUCCUGGGCAGCAGGCUUCGGUUUGUCCCCUGGAGAAAAGUCUGAGCAGGAAUACCUCUUGGCUUUGUGUGCUCAGUACCAGGUGGAAUACUAUGAAGACUGCUACAACCUAAUGGCUUCGUCCCCCGAGUGUCAGCUGCUGAAGCAGGUAACUCGGGGCCCCUGGGGUCUUCCUAUGGACCCCACACUCCGCAGAGCCACUGACACCACUGCUGUGCAACUCAGCGAGAUGGUUUCCCUGCCAGUUCUGAUAAAACACUCUGUCACUACCCCGCUCAUCACACAUGUAUCUUUGGUGAACAAGGCAGUGGUGGACUACUUCUUUGUGGAGUUGGGGGUGGAAAGACACUUUGAGGCGCUGCGCCACUUCCUGCUGAUGGAGGAUGGCGAGUUCGCACAGUCCCUCAGCGAUCUGCUCUUUGAAAAGCUGGGCAGUGGCCAGACUCCCGGCGAGCUGCUGACCCCCCUGGUCCUGAACUCCAUCCUCAGUAAGGCCCUGCAGUACAGCUUACAUGGGGACACCCCUUUAGCUGGCAACUUCACCUUCGCCCUGCGCUUCCUCCCAGAGACCUUCCACCCGCACGCCCCUGAUUCUCUCAACUGUCUGGAGCUACGCUACAAGGUGGACUGGCCGUUGAACAUCAUCAUCACGGACAGCUGCAUGAACAAGUACAACCGUCUGUUCUCGUUCCUGCUACAGCUCAAACACAUGGUGUGGAGCCUCCGCGAGGUCUGGUUCCACCUCAAGAGAACAGCGCUGGUGAAAGGUGCAGGUCGCUCGGUGCAGUUUCGUCAGCUGCAGCUUUACAGACAUGAGAUGCAGCAUUUUGUCAAGGUGAUACAGGGUUACAUCGCCAACCAGAUCCUGCAAGUGUCCUGGAGCGAGUUCACAGCCAAGCUGGCCACUGCCAGCGACCUGGAUGCCAUCCACCGCACACAUGCAGAUUACCUCAACAGAGCCAUCUUCAGGGGUUUGCUGACAGAGAAAGCAGCUCCGGUCAUGAACAUCAUCCACAGCAUCUUUAGCCUGAUCCUCAAGUUUCGGGCCCAGCUGAUCGCACGGCCCUGGGACAGCCAGCAGGGGGAGGCAGUGCACCCCAGCUUUGUUGCCAUGCAGCAGUCGUACAACACCUUCAAGUAUUAUUCUCACUUCCUUUUCAAAGUGGUGACCAAGCUGGUGAACAGAGGCUACCAGCCUCAUCUAGAGGACUUCCUGCUUCGCAUUAACUUCAACAACUACUACAAAGACUCCUGAGCUGUGUACUGGUGUAUAUGUUGUACCUAAGUGUGAGUACUUGACAUAAUACAGGCCAUUUGUUAGAUACUUAUCCAAUGCACCAUUGUGUACCACGCGUGUUUACAUUUUUGGAAUCCACUAUAUGUGUUUAUUAGACAGAAGACAGAUACUCAGACGUGUAUAUAAUACAUUAAUUUCCAAAACACAUUUAAAAACCCACCUGUGCUUUAUAUCAAGGCAUGGAUUUGACAUUCAAACCACUUUAGGCAAUCACUGUGCAGGAUUUGAACUACAUGUCUGUGUGCUUGAUGAAUGGCUUUGCUUCUAAAAUUGUAUACUGCCAAAGCUUGUAAUUGAGAUGAAGCGAUGCCGUCUGUAAUAUCUCCCAUGUUCAGGUGUGCCUCCAGCUGUGUAGAUUUUAAGUGCAUAUAAGUUAAAUGUCAAUUAUAUGUAAAUACAAAAGCAAAAUGCUUUGUCUAAUAAAUGCUUUAUUCUCUG